UUUGUCGUCGCCCCCUACGCCCAGCUUAACCGUUCCUGUUUUCGCCUCCGUCCACGGCUCGCCAUGGCAGCGUAUAUCAACCUUAGCUUGCAGGGGACUGUCUAUUUUGCUGCACAUCGUUCUGCCGAAGACGGCACCAUGCUGCAAUUGUAUUCAAGCAUGCUUGUGGGCGUAGCAAGAGCGGUCUGGACCUUUGACCUUGAUGGCGAUAUUCUGCGAUUGGACAAGAGAGAUCGCAACCUUUGGGUUCCUCUCAACCUCGUUCGCCAGCGUUCCAUAACCAUCUCCGAUUUCGAGCCUUACGAACCGCCGCCAACACUCACCAAACACGCCAUACAAUCCGUCUACCCAGCGCCGUGCUGGAAAAUGAGACGCAAGGAGAUCGACUUGCACGUCCUCUGUGGUCGUUACAACCACUCUACGUUUCAAAGGCUUGCCUAUGCUAUCGUUAGGGUUGUUACCCUGAACUUUACCGUUAAAGAAGCAACGCUCUCACGCCAGGGCACUGGCGGCUUUCUAGUCUGGAUAGACAACCUCCCAGAGUGGGGCUUUGCAAGUGGAGACAUCGUCAGGGUUGGUAGGACGUCCAUCGUUAUAUGCCAGCAUGCUCCGCACGCCGUCACGCUGGUCCGAAAGGAUUUCGCGAAGCAGAUUCAGUCCACUCCUAGUUCGGCAGACGAAAGUCUCACUUACCUCAUACUCUCGGUGCGGGAGGUUAUCCUAUAUCAGAUAAACAGCGAGCUCAAAAAAUACACAGAACCUAUGCGUCUAUUCGAUGGGACGCAUCCUCCUUCUGACGAAGCCAUCGAGCUCCUUCUCCAAGCCACGCAGACCAGCCCCCCCACAGCUCCUCUUCGCAAGCUCCCCGUUGAGCUGCAGGAUGCGAUCUUUGACAAGGUAUCAGCGGGACCAAUUGAGAGCGCCAGGGUUGGCUGCCUACUUGACGCUGGGUCAAUUUUUACAUGGAAGUGCGGCACCCGAAAUAUUAAAAGGGAAGAAGGCCGUCGGUCUAGAACGCCUUGGACUCCUGUAGAGUCGCAUAUUUGGUUCGGUGACUACCCUAGUGGUAUAGCAUACAAGUAAACGUGUUCGAAACGCUUAUUGUGAGGUAUUAAUCUAGAAAACCCGAAAGAUCUCCAUCCGACGAUCAUCCUAGCUGUACGAUAUCCGUCACACCCAUUGACGACCCACCUGCUAGUCUACACGAACGGCAUGGGGUUAUCCUUGAUGUGUCGACCCCAGGCUACAA